AACUAAACGAGAGAAUCUAAAAAAGAAAAAGCACGGUUGAACAAAAAUCACAAACGAAAAUGGAGAAACAGACUUUCCUCUCCCUUCUCUUGCAUUUCGUCGUCUUCAUCGCUUGUACAUGUCUGUCGUCUUCUUCGAUUCUCUUGAACGAUCGCAGCUUCGAGAUAUCGAGCUUGCCUUCAUCGCGCGCGGAGAAGCUGAUCCGGGAGCUAAACCUUUUUCCGAAGCUGGACGUGAACGUGAUCGAUGGUGGUGAUUCGACUCUCACUUCCGCGGAGGUACCUUCGAUUGUUGAAAGGAACUUCAGAUUCCCGAAUAUUAUUUCCGAUGGCGGAGCUACCGUCGAGGAUUUAGGUCAUCAUGCUGGUUAUUACAAGCUCCCGAAAUCUCAAGGCGCAAGGAUGUUCUACUUCUUCUUUGAGUCACGCAACAAGAAAGAUGCUCCUGUUGUAAUUUGGUUGACCGGAGGCCCUGGAUGUAGCAGUGAGUUGGCUAUGUUCUAUGAGAACGGUCCUUUCAAGAUUGCUCAGAACAUGUCUCUUGCUUGGAAUGAGUAUGGAUGGGACCAGGCUUCCAAUCUUCUGUAUGUUGACCAGCCUGUUGGAACUGGUUUCAGCUACACAACAGACAAAAGUGAUAUCCGUCAUGACGAAAACGGAGUUAGCGAUGAUCUGUAUGAUUUUCUGCAGGCUUUCUUUGCGGAGCACCCUAAGUUGGCAAACAAUGACUUUUACAUAACUGGAGAGUCAUAUGCUGGGCAUUACAUUCCGGCUUUUGCUGCCCGAGUCAAUAAAGGAAACAAGGCUAAUGAGGGAGUCCAUGUUAACCUCAAGGGAUUCGCAAUUGGAAAUGGGCUUACAAAUCCUGCCAUCCAAUACCCAGCCUAUCCUGACUAUGCUUUGGAAAUGGGUUUAAUUACGCAAGCAGAGCAUGAUCGUUUAGAAAAGAUUGUCCCACUGUGCGAGCUAUCAAUUAAACUUUGUGGAACUGAUGGAACAGUUUCUUGUUUGGCGUCAUAUCUUGUUUGCAACACCUUGUUCAGUGGUGUGAUAAAUCAUGCUGGUGGAGUAAACUAUUACGACAUCAGAAAGAAGUGCGAGGGGAGUAUGUGCUACGACUUUUCAAACAUGGAGAAAUUCUUGAAUCUGAAAUCUGUGAGAAAGUCGCUUGGUGUUGGGGACAUAGAGUUUGUGUCCUGUAGUACCAGUGUCUAUACGGCAAUGCUACAAGAUUGGAUGAGGAAUCUCGAGGUUGGAAUUCCCACGCUCUUGGAAGAUGGAAUCAACCUUCUUGUGUAUGCUGGAGAGUAUGAUCUCAUCUGCAACUGGCUGGGUAACUCGAGGUGGGUGAAUGCAAUGGAGUGGUCAGGGAAAGAGAGCUUUAAGGCGAGUAAAGAAGUUCCCUUUGUGGUUGAUGGCAAGGAAGCAGGCUUGUUAAAGAGUAAUGGACAACUCAGUUUCCUCAAGGUGCAUGAUGCGGGACACAUGGUUCCAAUGGACCAGCCAAAAGCUGCGUUGAAAAUGUUGAUGGGAUGGAUGAAGAAUUCGCUUAGUGGAGAUGAUGUGCCUAGUACAGAGGGAGAGGAUGCUGUGCCUAGUACAGAGGGAGAAGAUCUGGUUUCUCAGAUGUGAUCACAUCACCUUUCGAAUUGCAGUAAAACCUAAAAUGCAGCAAACACUUGGACGUUUACCUUAUGGACUGCAAGUUAUGUAAACACUUGACGUUUAUGUAAGUUGAUCUCAAAGGAAAACUUAUAUGUAGGGGUUGUACAAUUUCGUUAAAGUCAGACUCGUCUGAACCUUGAAAACAUUUU